AUGUCUGGUAGCAUACCCCCUCUGGGUAUGGCUCAAGAAAUGAAUCCACAGUCGCCGAUUCCUAGAAAGCGAACUGCUCGGGACUAUCAAUUUGGUAACAAAAUAGGCGAAGGUUCCUACUCGACUGUUUUUCUGGCUGUGGACCUAUACAACAACAAAACAUACGCCAUUAAAGUUCUUUCCAAGAAGCAUAUUGUGAAGGAAGACAAAAUCAAAUAUGUGAAUAUCGAAAAGACGACUCUUCACCGAUUAGGGCAGCAACAUCCAGGAAUUGUCCAGCUCUACUAUACAUUUCAGGAUGACCAAAGCCUCUUUUUCGUGUUGGAUUUUGCUGAGUAUGGAGAGCUUUUGACGAUUAUUUCUAAGUUUGGAUCUCUUCUGGAAUCUGUACUGAAAUUCUACAUGCUACAGAUUAUAGACGCUGUCAAGUUCAUUCAUCUGAAAGGGGUCAUCCAUAGAGACUUGAAGCCAGAAAAUAUUUUGGUAGACUAUAACUUCAAGUUGAAGAUCACCGAUUUCGGAGCAGCAAAGCUUAUAGGGAACGAUGAUGAUUCACAAGAUGAAAAGAUAAACUAUGAUACGGUAAAUCUCAAUGCAUCCAAAGAGUUAUCUGACAGGAAAGGAUCUUUUGUGGGGACUGCUGAGUAUGUUCCCCCUGAGCUUCUCAAGUUUAAUGAAUGUGGAUUCGAAACGGAUAUCUGGGCAAUAGGCUGCAUUCUCUUUCAAUUCUUCAAUGGCUCACCACCAUUUAAAGAGUCUACAGAGUACCUAACAUUUGAAAAAAUCAUCAGCGUAAGCUAUUCCUAUAGAAAUCAGGUUCCUCCAUUGGUGAAAGAUGUCAUUGAUCUGAUUUUGGUUUUUGAACCAGAAAAACGUUUGACUAUCCCCCAAAUCCAAUCGAAACAAUGGUUCGCAGGUGUUCCCUGGAAUGACCGUGAGUUCAUUUGGAACAGAAAGGUUCCCAGGUUUGAACCUUUUGUUGCCCAAUCGUCACCCCCAAAGUUCGCUGCAGUACCCCAGUUCAAAACUGGUUCAAACAGGAACAUAAAUAAAUCAAACUCAAAUUAUCAGUUGCAUUCCCAGAUUCAACAAUAUGACUACAACUUAGUUCCUACCAUAGGAAGUAAGAAACUGUUUCAACCCCCGACAAGGAUUAAGAAAGGAGUUCCAUCAUCAAAUUCUCCCCUACCACAACAAAACUUUGUACCAACUCAUAGAUUUGAUGGAACACAACAUCCACAAGACCGGAAUUUCGUACCUCCGCCCCAAAACAUUCAUACUAACGCAUGGGUUCUGCCACAAGGGGGAAUAAAUCCCCAGGCUAAUCCUCCAAUAAGACCGGCUCCUCAGUCAAAUGGCAUAAAGCAUAAAGUACCCACACAAUCCAAUCAAGCUGAAACUGCUAGUCAGAACGCAGCCAAGGCUGCUCAGCAGAAUUCCUCAUCUGUACAAGCUGUCGAAAAAAGAAUUGCGAAUGUUCACAUUGGAUCCCAAUCAAAACUCCCACAAGUAAAUUCCCAAGUUAAGCCUCCUCAAGUGACAUCAGCGAAUAAAUCUCCUCAGUUGGGUGCUAAUAACAAGUCCCCUCAGAUGAAAAACUUGAGGAGCAAUACGGCAUUUGCGAAGCUGCAAUCCUAUUCAUCGCAAUCCAGUGCUCCUCCGACGAGUAAGCCACCCCAAUUGAAUGCCAUAUCCGCUGCUGCAAGUGCCACAGAAAGAAUCCAGCUGUCACAAUCUGGGUCCCGGCCUAAAGAAAAACACACCAAUCCUGCUAAAGUAAGCAAUGCAAACACAGUCACAUUCCAAGAGGUUUCCUCCUUGUUGAAACCAAAAGAGAAAAUUAUCAAACUUGAUACCAUUUUAAAACUGAUAUUGAGCAAUAACUUAAUAGGUAAGAAGCCAGGAAACCUUGAUAUUAACAUGAUUGAAACAUUGAUUAAAAAGCAUGGAGAGGUUUUGAGUAGCAAUAUGGUUCCGGUUGUCGCAUGUAUCUCUAAUAUGGCAAGGGUAUUCUUGAUAGAUUCGAGUCUCCAAGUGAUGAUGGUAGAUUUGACCGCAAACGAAGGCGGCGAUUAUCUGAUUUAUGAUUACGACUUUGAAAGCGUGGUUGUCGGUGAUGACCGAAGUGAUGGAUCGAAUGGCGAGGAGGUGUACGGCUAUCUCAUCUUAGAGUUGAUCAAAGAGGGAGGUGAUUUGGUGUUUUUGAAAAGAUUUGACGAAACCGACAAAGCCCAGUUCCAGAAUCCUACUCACGUGGUAGGUAAGACAGGUCAACAUAUUGUAUUGGGAACAAACUAUGGGUGGAUUGAUUGUUUAGUUUAUGCUAAGCAAAUGGUGGACAAAGUCUCCAACGAGCAGAAACUCAAAGGGCCGAAGAUUUCAAAGAGCCAAACAAAGCCAACAAUAAAAAAAUCGACUACACAGAAACAUAGUCGCCCUGGAGCACCAACUACGACGAAGAAGAGCCAGAAUCCAAGCGAUUCGAAAACGAGCACCAAUAAAUUUGCAUACGCUGCAGCUGCAGCAGCACACAGAUAA